AUGUCUUCAUCAAACAACAAAUCACAAACUAUUAUCGAUUUGAGCAAAAUAUUCAACACAAAUGAUACUACAGAAAUAAAACAAAUGCAAACAGAAUUCCAAUCAAAUGGAUGGUGUUUCGUCUCUCUUCCAAAAGAACUUAUUCCAAAUCCAGAUCUAAUCAAGCAACUAACGCAGUCUUUUGAAUCUGAUAAUAAAAACAGUUGGUACUCUAAGUAUUCACCAAUAUAUGGUUAUUCUAAAGUUAAUCACAAAGAAGGAAUCAAACUAUUGACUGGAAGUUAUUUGCAGGAAUUUGCAAAUAAAGGAUUAAUACCAACGACACUUGUUGAACCAUUAAAUUAUCUUUCACAAAUGUUAGAUGCUGUCACUAAGCGUUUAAUCGAAAUUCUUGAUCAACAUUCAGUAUUUCAAGAACAUCCAUCUUUAUCAAAUCUGAUUAAACGAGCUCGUUUACCAUUGAAAAAUGAACAUUUUGGUAUGCUUGAUAUUGUAUCUUAUUUUAAUGAUAAAAGUGGUUUUCAACCACCACAAAAUGGAGAAUCAACUGAAGAAGUGAAUUGUGUUCCACAUUAUGAUCCAGGAUUACUUUCAAUUAGUAUUUUAUCAACACAUGAAGGUCUUCAAUUGAAAAAGAUGAUAAAUGAUGAAUGGAUUGAUGGAUCAUUAGAAUUACAUAUUGGAGUUAUUUGGUUAGGAGAAAGAGCAUCUCGAAUAACAAAAAAUCGAUUGAAAGCAGGUAUUCAUCGAGUUAUUUAUCCUCAAGAAUCGAAACGUCGAUUGACAAUUUGGUAUGAAAUAUGUACAACUGAACAAUUAAAAAAUAUUAGUGAUAACAAGACGAAUGAAAUAAUGGCUGGUGGAAUGGUUACAUUUGAUAAUCUUCCUAAAGCAUCUCCAAUAAUUGUAUUUCGUAAUGAGAGAAGACUGGAUUUUCUGAGACGAUUUGAACAGUCUCAUGGAUUGACAAUGACUAAAGCGCCUCCACCGCAAUAUAUUCUCCCAAAACAUGAUAUUUCAUUUCCAACAGAUGAUUCAAAUACGAAUGACAGAGGCGCAGAAUCUUGCGUGAAACAGUCGCGUUCGCACUCCCGGACAAAUUUGUCCUCAAAUUCUCAGGUUUUGAAAAGUAAAAUUUCAAAACGUUCACGCAGAAAUACGUCAAAGAUUUUCCCAAAAACGGAAAAUUCCCGCCUCCGCCGCGCGGGGGUGCACGAGGAAGAUUUUGCACCUUCGACGAAUUAA